AUGGAUAGUCCCCGGGUGCAGGCUCCGCAUUGCGAGCAGGACCCUCAACAAGUCGCCAAUCUAGUCCGAGGCCUAAGUGACGGCAUCAGCAGGACGAAGAAGGGAUUCAAGGCCAAGAAAACAACCUUCGAGAUCCAGGGCUCGCGAGACGGCUUCACCGUCGACUCCUGGCGCUUCCACGACUGGGACUACAAACGACCUGACCUGCCCACAUACGCCCGCGGUUUAUUCACCACCAAGAAUCGCCGCGGUGACCAUGAGAUUGCUGUCCGAGGUUACGACAAGUUCUUCAACGUCGGCGAGGUGCCCGAGACGAAGUGGGAGAACGUCCAACGCAGAACUAAGGGCCCGUACGAGCUCACCUUGAAGGAGAACGGAUGUAUCAUCUUCAUCAGUGGUCUCGAGGAUGGAACCCUGCUUGUCUGUAGCAAACAUUCGACCGGAGAUCGUGGUGAUGCCGAAUUGAGUCACGCCAGUGCCGGUGACAAAUGGAUCGACAAGCAGCUGGCUGCCCUAGGCAAGACGAGAGAGAAGCUCGCUCGCGAGUUGAGACGAAGGAACAUCACCGCCGUCGCAGAACUGUGCGACGACUCGUUCGAAGAGCACAUUCUCGCCUACGGACCCGACAAAGCCGGCCUCUACCUCCAUGGCGUCAACGUCAACAUACCCCAAUUCAUGACAUACCCCAGCGAUCUCGUCCAGCAAUUUGCCGACGAGUGGGGCUUCCGUAAGGUUGGGCUCCAGGUAUUUGACGACGUCGAGAAGGUCAAGUCCUUCCUGGAUGGCGUUGCCGAGUCAGGUGCCCACGAGGGCCGAGACGUGGAGGGCUUUGUCAUUCGUUGCAGAAUGUCCUUGAAUCCAGAGAAGAAACCCUACAACGACUGGUUUUUCAAGUACAAGUUCGACGAGCCGUACUUGAUGUACCGUCAGUGGCGAGAAUGCACCAAAGCAUUGAUCGCCGGCAGACCCCCCAAGUACAAGAAGCAUACGAAGAUCACUGAAGAGUAUCUCCUGUAUGCUCGCAAGAGACUAGCUGCAGACCCCAAGCUCGGCAAGCUCUACAACCUGAACCACGGCAUUAUCGCACUCCGAGACGACUUCCUUGCUUUCAAGAACCUGAAGGGAUCAGAUGCAGCCAACUUUGAGAAGGAAUUUGGCAGCACCGCCUCGACCGUCUCCAGCGAUAUCGUCCUCGUGCCUAUUGCUACGAUCGGAUGUGGCAAGACAACUGUGGGCAUCGCUUUGACGCAUCUUUUCGGCUGGGGAAUCGUUCAGAAUGACAACAUCCAAGGCAAAGGACGGCCUGCCAGAAUGGUACAGGCUGUGAUGUCCUCCCUCAUGGAACACCCGGUCGUCAUCGCAGACCGCAACAAUUCGGAACGACGAGAGCGAGAGCAGAUCCUAACGGACGUCAUGAAGCAGCACAAGAACGCCCGCCUCGUUGCUCUGAAUUUUGCCCAUGGAGAUAUCGACGAGAUUCGAAGAGUCACGCGUGAGCGAGUCCUGAGACGCGGCGACAACCAUCAGACAAUACAAGCUGCUUCAGACCAGAGUAAGGUUAUUGGUAUCAUGGAGAACUUCAUCGUUAGAUUUCAGCCUUGCAACCCGGAAAGCAAGCCCGAUGACGGCUUCGAUCUGGUCAUCGACCUCGACCCUGCCCAGGACAGCCGAGCCAACGUGGAGACAGUUGUACACGAGCUACAUAAGAGAUAUCCAUCGUUGAUCCCUAAUCUGCCCAGUGCCGAGGACAUGGAUGAAGCGGUCAAGGCCGCCAUCCACGAUUACAAGCCUGAGUUGAAACACACCAUCCCAGAUCGCGGCGGAAGAAAGGAUAAGCAGCAGAGAAACCAGCAGCCACAGGCACCCAAGCGCAAGCCUCUGGAGUACAUGUCCGUCUCUAUCCCAGCAGCAGAUGUCAACGCAGCACUUGAAUCCGCCUUCAGUGGUGUCGGUCCAGAGGCCCAGCGAUUCUACAAGCAGCUGCAGCAGACACGCCGCAUCCAGCCAAGCUUCCACGUUACGCUCAUGCACCGCGUAUCAGCCAAGGAGCAUCCAGAACUAUGGCAGCGCUACACCACCCUCGAGGCGGAGAGGGACCCAGCCGACAAGCUGGGCGAGUGCGACGUGAUGCUCGAGCGUGUGGUGUUUAACGACCGCGUCAUGGCCAUCGUCGUGCGUCUGGUUGACGAGGAGGUGAAGUGGACUUGCGUCAAUAAGGUGGCGCAUGUCACCGUAGGCACGCGUGACAACGGAGUCAAGCCUAAGGAGAGCAACGACCUGCUGCAACGGUGGCUUGAGGCUGGCAGUGGAGAGGAGACGGGGAUUGGAGAGUGGGUGUUUGAGGGCAAGCCAACGGUAAAAGGAGUUGUCCGUGGGGUCCAAUCAAGAUAG